AUGCUAAAGCACUUUGUGUACUCGGCGAUCCUGCUCAGCAGCGUCUCCUGCGGCCCAUCCUUCAAGGAUUUCCUGCACGAGGACAUCGCCAGCGAGAUAUUCCCCAAGCUGGGAGACGAGGGAACCCUCUGCAGGAACCACACUCAAUUCUACCUCCAGCAAUUGGAUAAUGCAGCCCUUUGGGCGUCGGAAAUGUACGAUGCCAGCGGGAAGGUUCCCAGCGGGGUGUUGUACGGGUCCGGGUACUCUUUGGGCCAGUUCGAUCAGUGCUUGGACAUCGAGGUGCCGCAGGAGGCCGGGAAAUUCGCCGGGAAAUACUGCAUGACCAGGAUCUCAGUGGCGCCGAAUUUCAAGUAUAAAAUGAAGGAAAUCGUCGACUACGAGUUCGGAAAAUACGGGGAUUUUUACAACGUUUCAGCGUUCAGCAAAAUGCUGGCUUAUUCGAAGGAAAAUUCGAAGGCUUCCAGAAGCGAAAUAUACCUGUCUCUGUGCAUACCGUCUUCUUGUACCGAAAGCGACCUAAACAACAGUCUGAAAAUCAUCGAAAACGAUGAUAAAUUCGAUGAUUUCACCUUAACCUUCGACACUUUCCACAACAGUUGCCGAGUAAAGUCAGUUUACGUACUCUCAACUGGUGAUAUAAGUUUUUUGAUAUUAAUAGCUGUUUCUGUGGGAUUGGUGAUGUUUUGCUCCCUGUAUGACAUUUUUACUCGCGGUGAAGGGGAAUCAAAGCCAGGGAAACUCCACGCGUUUUUCCUGUGCUUUUCCGUACCGAAAAACCUGAAAAAACUAGCCACAGGUACCAACAACGAAGAUGGCCUGGACUGCCUGGCAGGCGUCAAAGUAUUGUCCAUGUUUCUGAUAAUAAUGGGCCACAGGUGCAUGUUCAUCUUCGGAGCGCCGAUCAGCAACCCCCUACUUCUGGAAAAGAUGUAUUCCAGAUUCGAAGCCGCCUUGAUCCUAAACGGGCCCAUAAUAGUGGACACUUUCUUCGUGAUAUCCGGCUUUUUGGCCAGCUAUUUCACCCUUUGCGCCGUUAAUGAUCGCUUCAAAUUCACCCACGUCUUCGUUAUAUACAUUCACAGGUUACUCAGAAUGACCCCGACCUACGCCGUCGUAUUGGCCUUCUACUGCACCAUUUUCUACACUUUGAGCGACGGGCCUUUUUGGCAAGAGAGGAUAGGCGUGGAGAAAGAGCGGUGCUCGGAGAACUGGUGGACCAAUCUCUUGUACAUCAACAACUACGUGAACGCCGAUAAAUUGUGCAUGUUCCAAUCUUGGUACAUCGCCUGCGACAUGCACUACUUCCUGCUGAUCCCCCCGUUGGCGAUCGUACUGAAGAAGUACCCGACUCUGGGCGUAUCCGUUGUGGUUCUUCUGAUCGCCUCCUCGAUUUUGGUGGUGAUUACUUCCGUGUACGUGCGAAGCGAAGGCGCCAUUUUAUUGUUGUACAUGAAGUUGCUGAAAGACCCCAUCAGUAAUUCCACGUUCAAGAACACCUACAUCCCCACCCACAUGCGGGCCAGCCCCUAUUUCGUGGGGGCCCUCACGGGGUACGCGAAGUACAAGAUGAAAGUGUCCGCGUACAAAUUGCCCAAAUGGUUGUACAGGAGCGCUUGGGUGGCCGCCAUCGUCACCAUUUUGGCCACCAUCCAACUGGGUUUCGUCUUCUAUUUGCCCGAAUUCGCCGGUAGUUCUUUCGUAUCCGCCGCCUACGCAGGAUUCCAUCACUUCACCUUCAGUUUGGGCAACGCUUGGCUGAUCAUCGGGGUGUCUUCCGGCAAAGGAUCUUGGAUCGAGCCGAUUUUGUCGUGGAAACCGUUCGUGUUGCUCAGCAGGAUCAGCUACAGCGCGUUUUUGUGUCACGGGGCUGUUCAAUUCGACAUUGUCAUGGCCUACUGCUUCGGGUUUCUGUUGACUAUGGUGUUCGAAGCGCCUAUAAUCGGUUUAGAGAAGCUUCUGUUUGGUAAAAGGGAUGUUAGGAAGUUGAGGGAGACGGGUCAGCCAGGAAUAAUCGAACAAGUUAGAAUAGAAUCGAGCAAAAAGUGA